GUCAAUUGCGCUCGACACACCACCACGCCCACUGCCACCACCACCAUGGCCGUCCUCUUCAGCGUUGUAGUCGCGGUCCUGUCGCUCUGCAGCCUCAGCAGUGCGCACAACAUCCUGCUGCGGGCUCACUCCCGAGAGUGCUUUCACGAGAACCUGCACAAGGACGAUCGCAUGACCGUCACCUUCCAGGUGGGCGACCGCGAGUUUGGAGGAAGUGGCAAUUUGGACAUCGAUUUCUGGAUACAAAUGCCCAGCAUCGGCUAUCAGGUCCACAAUCUCGCCGUCAGCGCAGGAGACCACACGUUUGAAGCGAAAGAGGAUGGCCGGUACACCUAUUGCUUCAGUAACGAGGCCUGGUCCGCGAAUACGAAGGAGGUCAGCUUCAACGUGCACGGCGUCGUUUACGUGCCUGAGACUGAGGCACCCCAAGACCCGUUGGAUAAGGAAGUCCGCGCCAUGUCUGAAUUGAUGGCAUCAGUCAAGGACGAGCAAGGGUACAUUGUCGUUCGGGAGCGCACACAUCGAAACACUGCAGAGAGCACCAAUGCCCGGGUCAAGUGGUGGAGCCUGUUCCAGAUCGGCGUGCUCGUCAGCGAGGGUGUCUUCCAGGUCUGGUGGCUGAAGCGUUUCUUCGAAGUCAAGCAUGUAGUAUAAGAAGUAAACGACUAGCACGAUACGGAUGUUAUGUCGAUAUGCAGCAAAACACACGAAAAUGCCAGCCACGAGCGGUCACAGCGCCUUCAUCAUGCAAUAGCAGUACCUGUCAGCAGACCUGUGCCAAUCCGCAAGUGCGAAGUGCUCUGGUCGCAGAUGUCCUCAAAAAGCCAAACGCGUGAACGUGAUGCACAAAACCUGUGAGGUAUGCUCGGAAUUCGGAAUGAAAGCACGCUAACGAUUCAGCGUGCGCUGAACCACGGCGUAGUCUUCAAGUGAAGCAAGUGGAGCAGGCGAGAGAAGACAUGCUCGCUGAUUUCUGUUGGCAAUAUGAUAAAUGCGACUGUCGGUAUGAGUAGCUCCGCCGUGGCGCUUCCGCGGCACUUGUUCCUCGAUAGAUUCGCGGCGUCCAUCGAUCGCUGGCCGUUGGAAGGGCUGGGAGGAUUCUGCCGGGGUCAUACAGUGGUCCAACUUCGCAGUAGCGACUUUCCAGGAACAGACGGUAACAUUUUGCUUCCUUCAACGAUUGACUGGCCGACCUGCGAUAUCAGACUAC